CCCCCGGGAGUCUCAGGGCCAAUCCUACCCGGCCUUUAUAAAGGAGCCGGAGGAGAGGAGCUGACCGGGCUCUCCUAGAGCCUCCAGGCAUGGGGGGGAGGCUCCCGGGGGGGAGGGGAGACAGGCAGGUCUGCCAGUCGGCUCUCAGGCCCUCAGCUGCCACCACCCCUGUUGCUGUGGAGAACAGGCUUCCUGCUUGAGCCCUCCUCGUAGCCACUGAGCCCUUCUCUUUGCAGUGCACCUGAGAUACCUCUGUCUUCUGUCUUCUCUCUCUCUCUCUUUCUCUCUCUCUCUCUCUCUCUCUCUCUCUCUCUCUCUCUCUCUCUCCCUUUCCCCUCCACUCCCUCCUCCACGCCCUCCCUUGCUGCUUAACUGGAAACAAAAGUGAGCUUGAAUUGUGAGGAAUUAGGAGCGUGGAGGCAGUGGCGAAGGUGGCAGCAGCGGAAACAGGCUGGGGCCGGAGGCAGCACCUACAGCAGGGGACUCCAGUGCUCACCUAUUCCAGGGAGCAGGGUCCCCAGCUGCUGAGCAGCUCCAGGACAUCCUGGGGGAGGAAGAUGAGGCUCCCAACCCCACCCUCUUCACAGAGAUGGACACACUGCAGCAUGAUGGAGACCAGAUGGAAUGGAAGGAGUCAGCCAGGUGGAUAAAGUUUGAAGAAAAGGUAGAGGAAGGAGGCGAACGCUGGAGCAAGCCCCAUGUGUCCACACUGUCCCUGCACAGCCUCUUCGAGCUCCGCACCUGCCUGCAGACAGGGACGGUGCUGCUGGAUCUGGACCGUGGCUCCUUACCACAGAUCAUAGAUGAUGUCAUUGAGAAGCAGAUUGAAGAUGGCCUUCUGCGGCCAGAACUUCGGGAGAGGGUCAGCUAUGUCCUUUUGAGGAAGCAUCGCCACCAAACUAAGAAGCCCAUCCACCGCUCCUUAGUGGACAUCGGAAAAUCAGUCUCCUCCACCUCAAGCCGGAGCCCUGCCCGGAGCCCUGCAGCUGGGCCAAGUCUGCGCCGCUCCACAGAGGACCUGAGGAUACGGCAAAAUACAAAUUAUGGACAUCUGUGUCACGCCCAAAGCAGAAGCAUGAACGACAUUUCUCACACUCCAAACACAGACCAGAGGAAAAACAAGUUCAUGAAGAAGAUCCCCAAGGAUUCAGAAGCCUCCAAUGUGCUUGUGGGUGAGGUGGAUUUUCUGGACCAGCCUUUCAUUGCCUUUGUGCGUCUCAUCCAGUCUGCCAUGCUGGGAGGAGUAACCGAGGUGCCAGUUCCCACCAGAUUUCUGUUCAUACUGCUGGGACCUUCGGGAAGAGCAAAAUCCUACAAUGAAAUUGGCCGUGCCAUUGCAACUCUCAUGGUGGAUGAUCUCUUCAGUGACGUGGCCUAUAAAGCCCGAAAUCGGGAUGAUCUGAUUGCGGGAAUUGAUGAGUUCCUGGAUGAGGUCAUCGUGCUUCCUCCUGGAGAAUGGGACCCAAAUAUUCGCAUUGAACCACCCAAGAAGGUGCCCUCUGCUGACAAGAGGAAAUCCGUGUUCUCCCUGGCCGAGCUGGGACAGAUGAACGGCGCGGCGGGAGGCGGCGGCGCCUCUGCAGGCGGAGGAGGCGGCGGCGGCGGAGCUGGCGGCGGCGGGGCUGGCGGGGCCGGGGGCGGGGACGACGCGGAGAUGCCGGCCGCGCACGAAAUUGGGGAGGAGCUCAUCUGGACCGGAAGGUUCUUUGGCGGACUGUAUCUGGAUAUCAAGAGGAAGCUACCCUGGUUCCUGAGUGACUUCUACGAUGGCUUCCACAUCCAGUCCAUCUCUGCCAUUCUGUUCAUCUACCUCGGCUGUAUCACCAAUGCGAUCACCUUUGGUGGGCUUCUGGGUGAUGCCACCGACAAUUAUCAGGGAGUGAUGGAGAGCUUCCUGGGCACUGCCAUGGCCGGCUCCUUGUUCUGCCUCUUCUCGGGACAGCCUCUCAUCAUCCUCAGCAGCACCGGCCCCAUCCUCAUCUUCGAGAAGCUUCUGUUCGACUUCAGCAAAGGCAAUGACCUGGACUACAUGGAGUUCCGCCUCUGGAUUGGCCUACACUCAGCCAUCCAGUGCCUUAUCCUGGUGGCCACAGAUGCCAGCUUUAUCAUCAAGUAUAUCACCCGCUUCACUGAGGAGGGCUUCUCCACCCUCAUCAGCUUUAUCUUCAUCUACGACGCCAUUAAGAAGAUGAUCGGAGCCUUCAGGUACUACCCCAUCAACACGGACUUCAAGCCCGACUCCAUCACCACAUACAAAUGCGAGUGCGUCGCCCCUGAUACAGUGAACACAACUGUCUUCAAUGCCUCAGCCCCGCUGGCACCAAACACCAACAGUUCUCUGUACAACCCCCUUAACCUCACAGCACUGGACUGGUCUCUGCUGAGCAAGAAGGAGUGCCUGAGCUACGGAGGGCGCCUCCUCGGGAACUCCUGCCAGUUCAUCCCAGACCUGGCGCUCAUGUCCUUCAUCCUUUUCUUUGGGACAUACUCCAUGACCUUGACUCUGAAGAAAUUCAAGUUCAGCCGCUAUUUCCCUACCAAGGUCCGGGCCCUGGUCGCUGACUUUUCCAUCAUUUUCUCCAUCCUGAUGUUCUGUGGAAUCGAUGCCUGUUUUGGCCUGGAAACACCCAAGUUGCAUGUACCCAGUGUUAUCAAGCCCACACGGCCUGACCGAGGCUGGUUCGUGGCCCCCUUUGGGAAGAACCCGUGGUGGGUGUACCUGGCAAGCAUCCUGCCCGCGCUGCUGGUGACCAUCCUGAUCUUCAUGGACCAGCAGAUCACAGCCGUCAUUGUCAACAGGAAAGAGAACAAACUCAAGAAGGCCGCUGGCUACCACCUGGACCUGUUCUGGGUGGGCAUCCUCAUGGCCCUGUGCUCCUUCAUGGGGCUCCCCUGGUACGUGGCUGCCACAGUCAUCUCCAUCGCCCACAUUGACAGCCUCAAGAUGGAGACGGAGACCAGUGCCCCUGGAGAGCAGCCCCAGUUCCUGGGGGUCAGGGAACAGAGAGUGACUGGCAUCAUUGUCUUCAUCCUGACGGGAACCUCAGUCUUUCUGGCUCCCAUCUUGAAGUACAUCCCCAUGCCGGUUCUGUAUGGAGUCUUCCUCUACAUGGGUGUGGCCUCCCUGAAUGGCAUCCAGUUCUGGGAGCGCUGCAAGCUCUUCCUGAUGCCCGCCAAGCACCAGCCAGACCAUGCCUUCCUGCGCCAUGUGCCCCUGCGCCGCAUCCACCUCUUCACCCUCGUGCAGAUCCUCUGCCUGGCUGUCCUCUGGAUCCUCAAGUCCACUGUGGCCGCCAUCAUUUUCCCAGUCAUGAUCCUGGGCCUCAUCCUGGUUCGAAGGCUUCUGGACUUCAUCUUCUCCCAGCAUGAUCUGGCUUGGAUUGACAACAUCCUCCCAGAGAAGGAGAAAAAGGAGGCAGAUAAAAAGAAGAAAAGGAAAGGGGCCCAUGAGGACAGUGAUGAGGAGGAAAAAGAUCUUCCAGUUGGAGUUACUCACUCUGAUGCAUCCUUCGGUGGCUCAGAACUGGAUCGCAGCAUCACCUUGCACUUCAAAAUCUCCUGUCCAGCUUCACCUGCUUUCAAUUACUCGCGGAACCCCCUCUUCAUGGUGCCACAGGUGAAGAUAGAGAUGGAGUCGGACUAUGACUUCACAGAUGUGGAUGAGUAUGCAAGAGAGGCCGACGGUGAGACCACCCUCUAGGAUGAUGCAGCUUCUCAGACUGGGGAGAGGGUGAGGACCUGACAGAGCAUCAGUUUUAUAUCUGGGUCAACCUUAACUUCUCUGUGUCUGUGUCCUUACUUACAAAUGGAGCGAGUCCUUUUGGCUAAUAGAAAACUGGAGACCUCUCAGUGAAAAGUCCUCCUUAGAUGCAAAGUUCUCCCCUUCCCUGUGUUUCAAGUGCAGUGUAGCUAGAAAUUAUGCUUCUUUUUAAAUAAAAAAAUACACAUUUGCCAAAGUCUUAAGUAACAUAAAUGGGCAAUAGUUAACUUAUAUUUAAAACAAAUAUCAAUUAAAAAUUUUAAAUUGAAAUCCAGAUGAUUUGAAAGAACUCAAAACACUCCUACUGCCAAGUACAGUGGCGCCCACCUGUAAUCCCAGCACUAUGGUGUUGAGGCAGGAAGGCUGCAAGUUUGAGACCAGGCUGAGCUGUAUAAAUCAGAUCGUGUCUCAAAACAAAAACAAUGCCAAACAAAUUCUUGUGUCAAUGGACCAAUGUUGAAACAUUUGCUUUGUAAAUUUGCAUAUUAAGAAAGGCUGAAGAGGUUACAUCUUUUCUGUGCAUCUCAUUCUCAUUCUGUUAAGUUUGAACCAUCUAUCUUAUGGGGCCUUGACUAGAAAUGGAACUAACGGUAUUCCAAGAUGAAAAGCCAGUCUUAAAAGUUUCUGAGUGUAUCUUUUAGAAUUAAAAUCAUCCUUUUUAAAGUCAAGUCUCAAACUUUAUGUUAGAUCAACAUGUGGUUAAAAUGACCCUAAUUAAUAUCAAAUUUUUAACACCUGGAAUCGUAUUUUUGCCUGCAUUUGGGUAGGUCCUUUCUGCAAGUUUCCAGUGGCUGGUACCCAAAGUCAAACCUCCAUUCACAUGAACUUACAUGUUAGACAGCUAACAUUUUAGAAGAUUGUAACUUUGCACUGUUAAUCAACUAGUACUUUAAGGUAAUAAUUGGAAGCAAUUUGGGUAAUUAAAACCAGCUAUUAAAUAAGCAAGACUUGUCCCCAUGAAACUGAAGAUUAGACAUUAUUUUCAAUCCACAUUUAGUUAGUAUGAACCAUAUUUAUGUAACACCUAUUAUUGCCCAAUAGCCACAAAACCUAUUUCCUUUUUCUAAAACAGCUGUGGACUUGAGUCUUGAGUAAAUCACAUUAGUUACAUUUACUCAAGACGAUGAAUACAGGUACUUUUUCAUUUUUUUUAGAGACAAAUGACACUAGCUCAUUAAUAUCUUGGAUUAAAAGAUCAGGUAAUUGACUCUGUAAUCUUCAGAGCCUAACAGUUCCUGGUCCAUAAAACAUUCUCAGAAAGUUUCAUGAAAUUUAAUUUCAGAGAUCUAUUCCAAGGGUUACUGUCAAGAGGUAAAGCUCUAAGCCUCUAUUACUCCUGAUAGCAGAAUCACUUAACAGUCACUAACCCAAAACCUCUCAAAUUUAAGUGUAAAUUCUUUAUCUUCCUUUGUAGCAAUACAGGGAAAGCUAACAAUCUCACCUGAACGUGUUUUAGUCUCACUGAUUUGGAAUGGGACUUUGUCCAGAUUGUAGAAAUGUUAUAUGGCUUCAGGAGUACGUGCUUAGAUAAAUCAAACAAACUGGAAAACUACGUUAGUUUUGUUGUUGUAAAUUGAUCUGUGUAAUUUUUACCUUAUAUAUCAUUUGUAUUUUGUAUAUACACAAGCCUUUCAUUUUCAAUGGCCAUUAACAGGGUGACAUAUUGUUACUUCUCCGUGCAGUAAGCCAGUAAUUUUUUCCAUGUUUAAUGUAACUAUAAUUCAAUAAAACUUAAUUCUGUCCACUCAUCUUUUUGUUUAAUAAUGUAGCUUAGGGUUAGUAGGUGUGGCAUAUAGAUACAAGCUAUAUCUUAUAAAGUCCAGCAGACUUUCCAAAGAGUAAAGCCAGCUGGCACAGAAACAAGGAAGAAGCAGGUCAGCCUCCCAGUGUUUUUCUUCUUUCUGCCUCAAGCUGCCGAGAGCAGAAGCUACUUCCUUCUGUAUGAAGCCCAGCUAUACAGCUUUGGUUAAAAAUACACACGGACCUCUCCCAGCCUCAAGAUAUGCGCGGCAAAUACCCUCCAAUCUGUCAGAGCAAACACAUACUCUAAACACUCGUGUGCAUACAUACACAGGAGGAUACAAAGUAGGAUUUUUAAAAAUUUAUUACAGUAAGAUACAUUGCCAUUAAUGCCCCUCACAAUUACCCCCCCCCCACACACACACACUGCAAACACAGAUGUCCCAUCAUGUUUGCUACUUUCUAAAGUCCUUUUGGUUGUACUGUUGUGGCUGCUGGGUGUCGUGAGAUUCAAAAUGUUUCGGUUAAUGAUUAUUUUGACUUUAAGAGCCAGAAGUUGCACACUGUACCCAAUGAGUAAGGUGAAUGAGGACACACCAUGUUUUUAUGGGCUGCCUUUCUGUUGAAUAUGGCAGCAGCACUCACCAUAUUUUGACUACAGUUUUAUAAAGAGACACACAAAAAACGACCUUCCAGAACUGCUUCAGAAAGUGACAAGAACAAUGGGAUAAGUACGUUCAAAAUGGGGGGAUAUGUUGGAGAAGGGUAAUGCCAAUGAUCCUUUACUGUAAUAAAUUUUAAUAAAUAUUCAUCUAUUUUGAUCAUA